AAGGGGGGAAAGGAGGGGGGGCGUCCACCCACCGAAGAAAGCGGCCCGCCCCACCCGCCCACCGUGCUCCUGGGCGUGCGGGAGGCGGCCGCGCUCCAGGGGCCCCGAUCCGGGCUCCAGCGCCUCGUUCUAUUCUUUAGGAUGCAGCUCUGACCUCAGAAAUCACACAGCAAGAAGUGGGCUUAUGGUUCUGCCUCAAACAUGUUCCCCCAAAACCGGCCUCCGGCUCAUCUGCAGGCUCCGCCCGUUGCCACAGCAGCAGCAGCUGUUGCUGCUGCCGCCAGUGUGGUGUCAACCACCCCCCAGUCCUUGAAGCUGACGUAUCCGGAGAUCUUGGAUCGAAUUAAAGAAGAAUUUCAGUUCCUGCAGAACCAGUACCACAGCUUGAAGCUCGAAUGUGAAAAGCUGGCAACGGAAAAGACGGAAAUCCAGCGGCACUAUGUCAUGUAUUAUGAAAUGUCCUAUGGUCUGAACAUUGAAAUGCACAAACAGACGGAGAUUGCCAAGCGCCUCAAUGUCAUUUGUGCACAGCUCAUCCCGUUCCUGUCCCAAGAGCAUCAGCAGCAGGUGGUCCAAGCUGUGGAACGUGCCAAGCAGGUGACUAUGGCAGAACUGAACGUGGCAAUUGGGCAUCAGCUCCAGGCCCAGCAUCUCUCCCAUCAUGCACCCCCCAUCCCGCUGACCCCUCACCCCUCCAGCAUGCAGACGGCAAGCUUGGCUACCAUUGGCAGCGCUUCUGGGCUCCUGGCGCUCUCUGGGGCACUGGGGGCUCAGGCCCAGCUUGUUCCAAAGGACGAUCGAGGACUCCAUGACGCGGAGCACAGAGAGAGAGACCCGGGUCCCAGUUCUUUAGCAUUGUCCAAUGGGGAACGGAUGCGGGCCAUUUCAGACUAUCUGACCAGUAGCAAAAAGAGGAAAUCAGAGGAGAAGGACUAUGGCACAGACUACGGGAGCGACGGAGAGAAGAGCGAUGAUAAUCUGGUGGUUGAUGAGGAUCCCUCUUCCCCCCACAGCGUUCACUCGUUCUCCUCCCGGGAGAAUGGGGUAGACAAAGUCUCCCUGCAGCGGAAGGAGCCCGUUCAACUCAGCCCCACCUCCAUGGCUUCCUCCAGCAGCACCUCCCCACCUCGGACUGCCAAGGAUGUAGCCACAGUGGAGAAAGCAGGCACCCCUGGCUUGAAGUCGAGCACCCCAACUUCCCAAGGUGAAGGGACAGUGCCGGGAUCCAGCAGCAGCACCCCGCAGCUCCGCCCGGGUGUAGCCAAGCAGACAGUGGAGUCCCUUGCUCUUGGCCUGAGAAACCCACUUGCUCUCCAGAGCACCUACCCCGCCGCUUUCAACGUUGCCCAUGCCUCUGUCAAUGGAGACAUGGCUGGUGCCGGGGCUUACGCUGGCCUGCAUCUCGUGGCCCCCCAGCUCAAUGGGACAGCUGUCGUCGGGACUGGCAGUUACGGGCGCUCCCCGCUGGUUGCCUAUGAUCCUCACUCGCACCUGCGGGUUCCAGGGCUCUCCACAGGGAUGCAGGCGGGCACAUCUUCAGGGAAACCGGCCUACUCCUUCCACGUGAGUGCCGAUGGCCAAAUGCAGCCGGUCCCCUUCCCACCUGACGCCCUCAUUGGCUCCGGUAUCCCGCGGCACGCCCGCCAGCUCCACACACUGACCCACGGCGAGGUGGUGUGCGCCGUGACCAUCAGCAACUCCACCCAACACGUCUACACGGGAGGGAAGGGCUGCGUCAAGGUGUGGGAUGUGGGGCAGCCCGGGACCAAGACGCCUGUUGCACAGUUAGACUGCCUGAAUCGAGACAAUUACAUCCGCUCCUGCAAGCUUCUUCCCGAUAGCCGGAGCCUCAUUGUGGGCGGGGAGGCCAGCACCCUCUCCAUCUGGGACCUGGCAGCUCCUACCCCGCGGAUCAAGGCGGAGCUGACUUCCUCUGCCCCGGCCUGCUAUGCCCUGGCCAUCAGCCCCGAUGCCAAGGUCUGCUUUUCCUGCUGCAGCGACGGGAACAUCGUGGUGUGGGACCUGCAGAACCAGACAUUGGUCAGGCAGUUCCAGGGUCAUACGGAUGGAGCCAGCUGCAUUGACAUCUCCAACGAUGGCACAAAGCUCUGGACGGGGGGCCUAGACAACACUGUCCGGUGCUGGGAUUUGAGGGAAGGCCGGCAGCUUCAACAGCAUGACUUCAGCUCCCAGAUCUUCUCCCUGGGCUACUGCCCCACAGGUGAAUGGCUGGCUGUUGGAAUGGAGAGCAGCAACGUGGAAAUCCUACACGUGUCGAAGCCGGAGAAGUACCAGCUCCACCUUCACGAAAGCUGUGUCUUGUCCCUCAAGUUCGCCUCCUGCGGGAAAUGGUUUGUCAGUACAGGAAAGGAUAACCUCUUGAAUGCGUGGAGAACCCCCUACGGGGCCAGUAUAUUCCAGUCUAAGGAAUCAUCCUCAGUCCUCAGCUGUGAUGUUUCAACAGAUGACCAAUUCAUUGUCACUGGCUCUGGGGAUAAGAAAGCCUCCGUUUACGAGGUCAUCUACUGAGGAAAGCCGGCAGCCUUGUCGGAAAUCCAGUCUGGGAGAGGAGCUAGCCACUCUCCUCAGUUUCCAGCCAAAGAAUAAAGCUUACAGGAACUUGGCCGGGGAGAGAAGAGGCAGCGGGGGCAGCGCCUUGCCCUCCCACCGAGCACCCGACUUUUACAGGGGAACAGGGAGAGAGAGAGAAUCCCCGUUCAGAACAAAAAGGGACUCUGCUGCUGCUGCUUUGUUUCUCCCUGGUUUUGUUUUGUUUUUUCUGGGCAGUGUUUUUUUUGUCUUUGGGGGGGGGGACUGUUUUUUCUUGUGCGUUAAAUUUUUUAAAAAUCUCUGGCUAAUAAAAGGGGGAUGGGGAUAGUUGUGAUGGAAGGGUACCAUUGCAGUCUUUUUUGCUUCGACGGAUGUAUUUAAUAAUAAAA